UCGGGCUGACUCGAUCGGGUUUCCUCUCUAGAAAAAAUUGAACUGACCUGAAGUGUGUUGUGUGGAUCGUGAGCCGUGCAUCCGCGGUUCGUGCUUGACCAGCUGUUGCUGUCUCCCUCGCCCCAAAGGGAGUGUACGUGUGUGUGAGCUGAUCCGGUGACUGCGAUCAGGUUCUGUGUAUACCUACCAGGUUUUAUCGAAAUUCAUAGCAAUUAGAAUUCGCAAUAGUAAUUUUAUUGUUAUUCACUGGUCGUUUUUCAUUUCGCGAAAAAAAUAAUAAGAGGGCAACUCAGCUGUUGAUCACUUGGUUCUAGCGGGGUGAGUGUUUGUGAGCGGUUAAUGAGAUAUGUACCACUUGUUUUGAAGUUACCUGGACUCAACUUUCCGAAACAUCUAUACACGGUGAACAAUAGCUAGCGCUCAGUAACGGACGUGCUUUUUUACGCGAAAUUCAAAUCGAUAGCGAAAAAAAUAAUGUCGCGAUCCAUUUUCCAUCGUCGUCAUGCGCGUGCUUGAUUGUGUGUUUAUUUUUUUUAACGGAAUUUAGUGCUACACUUACGCCGAUGACCUGCAAACGAGAGUGAGAGCUCGCUUAUGUACUAGACCAGAGCCCAAAGCGAAAUCGUUAAUGUUCAUGCCACUGCUGACUGCUACCGGACGACAUAGUAGUGAUACACAGUGUUUGAUACAUAAUUUGGCACACAGAACGUCUGGCAGGCUACCAGCGACGACGUUCGAUCGAAAGAUUCAGCUACCAUUCUUCCUCAUGUGUCAUCACCUCUCAAGCCACCUCUUGGUAGUCUAGGAGAAGCCUAAUCAUCCAAAAUUUUCCAUACAAAAUUUGCAAGUGUUUCUACAUGGAAUUGUAAGCGGCGAAAAAAUCAUUCCACUGCAUCAAAGUGCAAAAUUCGCCGGUUAAACUGAACCAAAAAACAAGUUUAGCCAAAAAGGUGAAGAAAUAUUAAAUCACUAAUCAUCCGAGAAGCAGCGGCAGCAGCAUCGCCGAGAUGUGAAAAAGAAACGUGCCAUCACAAUGAAGCAAUUCAACAUCACCAAACAGCAGUGUCGUGUCAUGCAAAACCGAUGAUCGUCGCCAUCGUCGUCGUUGUCGCGUAGUGUUGAAGUGAAAUUUUCAAGUUUGCUAAAAAUAAAUAUUCAAAGCCAUUGGAAGUUGAAACAGCGAAUUCGAUUGUGUCUUUAUAGUUGCCACACAGGUUUGAAUGAAGAAAGGAAGAGUGGGGGCCUUCGAAGUGAAAGAGAAAUAAGCACGCGUGUCGGUAGAGAAGAGUGCCAUCACCAUUAUUGGAAUGGUAGUCGGGAGUGCCCAAAUGUUAAUAGAUGUGUAAGGUUCGAAGUGUGAAGUGCAAUUGCUUGUCUAUUUAGCCGAUGAAAUAAUCAUCGCUGGAGCAGCGGUAGCGUCAAAAUGACCAUUUCAUAUUCAGCCGAGGUGCCCAAUGGCAGCAAUUUCGGAUGUUUUUGGCGUAUUCUGUGGAAAUGGCGCGGCAGUGUAUACAAAGCAAUUUGGCGAGAGCUGCUAGCAUAUCUUUGCGUUUACUACACACUAAACCUGACCUACCGGUAUGGUUUAAACGAAGAAGGUAGAAGAGUAUUCGAAAGGAUACGAAAUUACUGCGGACAGCAGCGCGAAACAGUGCCACUUUCGUUCGUGCUAGGCUUCUAUGUGAGUCUGGUGGUGAAAAGGUGGUGGGAGCAGUACAGAUUGCUACCCUGGCCCGAUACGCUUGCCCUCUUCGUCAGUGCCGCCAUCCAAGGCCAUGAUGAAACUGGCCGACUGAUGCGACGAAACAUUAUGCGAUACAUGGUCCUCGCAUACGUUAUCACACUGCAGAAGAUUUCGCUGCGAGUGAAGCGUCGCUUUCCGACCUGGCAGCACCUGGUGGAUGCCGGCUUAAUGUUGGAAAGCGAGCGGAAGAUUUUCGAAAUAAUGGACUCUAAGAGUCCCAUGUCCAAGUACUGGAUGCCUCUGGUGUGGGCAACCAACAUAAUCAAUCGUGCCAGAAAGGAUCAGAUGAUCCCAUCGGAUCACAUCGUCCAGACUCUACUGAUGGAACUGUCUGACAUCCGACGACGGUUGGGUGGUCUCAUCGGUUACGAUACGGUCUGUGUACCGUUGGUGUAUACACAGGUAGUCACACUGGUGCUGUAUUCCUACUUCACGGCGGCCAUCAUGGGCAGCCAGAUGAUUCCGACGUACGACGCAAAUACCAACACCUACAUGGAGCUGGAUGUGUACUUCCCACUGUUCACUGCGUUGCAGUUUGUAUUCUACGUGGGUUGGUUGAAGGUUGCCGAAGUGUUGAUUAAUCCCUUCGGCGAGGACGACGAUGACAUCGAACUGAACUGGCUCAUCGACAGACAUAUCAAGGCAUCGUACAUGAUCGUUGAUGAGAUGCACGAUGAACACCCGGAACUGCUCAAAGAUCAAUACUGGGAGGAAGUGGUACCAAAAGACUUGCCCUAUACGGUAGCGUCCGAACACUACCGACGAGAGGAACCCAAGGGAUCGGCGGAGCACUACGUUGUGAAGGAAUCUGAAGCAGUUUACGCCAAUAUUGUCGGCGGGAAGCGAGCUGUGAAUGAUGAAGUCUACGCUGAUUAUGAAAGUGUGGACACUCCGAUGGCUGAACGACGCAAGGGAUGGUUCGGCCGGCAGAUGAACAGAAUUUCGAUGCGUAGUGCAUCGACGGCCUACUCGUCCGGGAGGUUGUUCACUCGCAAUCGGAACAAUUCGGUGUACUCUAGUCCAGAGGCCGGCAUCACCCAGCCAAUCAGUGCCGGUGCUCCAAUGCAGAAAAUUAGUUUCUAUGAUAAGUUUGUCAACCGAAAAUCUGGCCGCCACCCGCGGCAGAUAGUCAAACAAAAUUCCAAACUAAGCCUAAACGGCUCCGUGAUUUCAAGUGUGCCACCGAAGGCUCGUCCUCGCAUUCCUACUCCAGACGUUGCCAAGGAUAGCAAAAUGCACCCACUAGCGAAUAUCACCACCCAGCUGGAGAGAACGUCCAACAUUGCGUCCGGAGUGGCGCUGAUGACUACUCAGCUGGCCAACAAUCCGUCCAUCUACCCAGCGUCGUUGCACAACAGUGACCUUCCGGUUGUCGGUACGCUGUUGCUGGCUCCGAUCAAGGAGCUCGAUUCCAACUCGGUCACCAAUACUCUGCACGCCGGCCAAUCGGCCACGGCUGCCCUGGCGAAGUCAAUACUGCCGUCAAGUAUCAAGAAUGCCGUUUCCGCCUUCUCCAAGGACGGAGCCAACCUGGAGCUAUCACUCAACAACAACUCCACGCUGGGAAAAUCCGGUUCCCUCGGUGCCAACACGGUCCUAGUGCUACCGACCGCCAGUACCAACGGCUCGGUUGACAGCACCGAUAGCAGUGGUACGACCACCAUCGCAGCAGGCCUGAAGCCGGCCACAGCCGUUUCCUCCGAUGCCAUCCCCCUCUCGAUUACCUCAAUACCGCUAACCUUCACCGUAACACCGGUCACCACCACGGCGAACGCCACCACCGGAACCAUCAUCACCGAAUUGCCAUUCGACGACAGUGCCGAGGUCAGCACCGUGACGCUCAGCAAUGAGAAAAAAGCAUCGGCUUCCGAACCGUCGUCGUCCGCCGCAUCGACGCUCAGCAAACGGAAACCCAAACACAGCGAGGUCUACGUCUGAACGCAUCAUGCAGCUCGAUCGUUGCUGUUUUUAUUUGUUUUAUGAUUUACGCUAAUGAUACGACGUGAAUACCAGACCAUUGUUGCGUGCAUUACAAGUUGUGCAUUCAAGAUGCACUGUGACGAUGCAGUUCCUGUGACAUGAAGACGAGAAACGACAGUAUAAGCGCAAGCAUUAAUUCUUCACAAUUGUUCAAACGAUACAAAACUGAUGAUUAUGAUAGAUGAUUGUUUUAAACUGAAAAAUAGCAUUUCAUUUUGCUUUGCAUUGCUUAGGGUUUUAAAUUCUGUAAAUAGAACAAUGUAUUUUAAGGCAAACAAGAGACAAGUCGAAUGAAAUUUUACUCUGCGUUGGUGGUUCAACCGACAGUGGCAUGUGAACGAUACAACAAA